AUGCCACCUUAUAACAACAGAACUACCAUCACUCUGUCCUCUACGCCUCUUGAACCAACGUCAACAACAACCGACUUUAACCGAACAAGGACGACUGAAGUUCUCGGGAAGAGCACGUCUCCGGCCCCGCCUACGACCCCGCUCGACCCGACCCGAAUGAUCCCGACCCGGUGGGUCUGGAACUUUGUAAACAGACACAUCUACCCCAACCCACGGACUGAACCCAGACGGUGUCGUAGGGCGAGCUCGUCUUGGGUCUGCGAUCCUAGUGGACUGUUCACUACUGAACAAGUUGACGAACUAAACGACAUCUUGACGUCGAUUUCGGUGGAGAGCAAAUGUCCUUGUUCGAAUCACUGUCAUCACCGUAAAUACGGGUUUGUGGUGACACUGGCCAUUCUCUACCGAUACGACCCCCACCCGAACGAGACCGCCCCGAUGACGCGCCACAUGCGGCUGAGCGAAAUUCGUGCCGGGACGUGUGGAGAGGACACGGUCGUCAGCUUCGACUUCAGCAGGAAACUGCUGAACAUCUCCACGGGGUUGGUGGCGUUCCAGACUCUGACAGACCAACUCGCCAAGACCCUCAUGGAACCCUUCAUGGAAGACAUCACAAGUCCGGACGCGGAGAGUAACUUCAGCGGGAUAAAAGAAUUCCUUUUGGUAGCCAAAACGGUUUUUACCGGUACCUACAACCCUCCAGAGAUGACUGACUUAGAGAGACUGUUCAUCGCUAUCGGAGGGAGUGCGGGGCUCAUGGUGGUCUGUUCUCUUUUCUUCUGCCUCAUUCUGGGCACCAGGGCCUUUUGGGGUCGCAAGAAAAGAAACCCAUCCUCGGACGACUCUGACGAUGACGAAGAAGACAAAUAUUAUGACCCCAAAGUCGAGGGGACCCUCAUCCCUUUCUACCACUUUGUUCCAGAAGGAACAGUAGGAAAUAGGAAAAGAAUGGGGAUAAUAGAAAUGAACAACAAGAUAAAGACGGCCAAGAAGAACCGGAAUAUCUCGACUCAGGAGGACGACCCUGAGGUGUACGAUGACUAUGACCGCUUCGCGAGAGUCGGGCGGGCGGCCCGCAUGUGGCGGAUGCGCGCACGCGCCGCGAAGAAACCCCCACCCAAACCCCCGCCACCGGCCAAGGGCAACUUCCGACGGAGUCUGACUACGUGAUGACAAGGAAUCAGAGAUUUCAGACUUAGCUUCUGGAAAGUUUUUUGGGAUUUCCGUGAUGAUGUAAUGUCAUCGGGUACUACACCACUUCACACGGCCUGUCAUGUUCCUGUCUUGUGGACUGAUGCAACAUCUGGAAUCCAAACAUACAAACCGCUAAAUCACCGCUGCCCAAACCAAUACAUCCUACAGACUUGCCAUAAUCAUGAUUCAUUUACCCUACAUCUGCUUGGGUGCAGAAAGCAUUACUGACCUCAAACAUAUAGGCUCAAGAUAACCUGUUGUUGAUCACUAGUUGUUCUAAUGUUACAUAUACAUUUGUAAAACGACGUUGAUUUUGUUAUUUGUAGAUGUUGACAAUACUUAGCUAAAUUCAUGAAGUUAAUUAUAGUAUACUAAGACUUUAUGGAAUUGAUGAUCCUUGUUAAUGAAUUUGAUAAUAU